CCCAGCCCCACACAGGCUUGAGUGGCAUUCACUUUUUUGACAACGAAAUCAUCGGAUUCUUGAGUGGCAUUCACUUUUUUGACAACGAAAUCAUCGGAUUCCUUAGAUUCUACUUGAGUGGCUUCCAUCUUCUAGCAGCUGUACUGAAUACACUGGACUGGACAGAGAGAAUAGAGAAUAUAGAGAGUCUGAGAGAAUGGCUACCGUAACUCUAUUUUUUUGCUGUCUGCUGGGAAGUGUUUCUCUUGUGUAUGGGCAGGCUCCUUUGACCCACCUGGCAGCAGGCAAUGAGCCCCUUCCCAUUGACCACACUGGAGAGAUCAUCUCAUUCUCUGAUAUUGGAACAGGAACUAAUGAACCAUUUCCCUGGUAUUGCUUCACCCAGAACACUACUAAUGUGGAGUGGCAGCUUCCUAAUGGGACUGCAGUGGUAGCAAGAGUAGGGGUUCCAGUUGGGGACGAACUGAUCACUAGAGCUGUUAAUGGAGGCCUUUUUCUGCUUCGUGGUACCACACACUUCAGUCCUGAUGGAGAACACUGCUGUGUGAGGAUUGGCACUACACAGAGGCUGUGUGUCACCUUCACUCCCUGCCCCACACUGAGCCCCCUCACUGACACUAAUGGAACGAUAUCAUACAAUGCAACCAACAACAUGGCCACCUACACCUGUGACACUGGGUACACCAUCAGUGGAGCUACUCCGAUAACUUGUAUGAGUGAUGGUACUAGUGCUGGUACCUGGUCUCCACCACCACCUACUUGUACAAUCGUCACCUGCCCUGUCCUAACCUCCCCUACCAAUGGAGUCUUGUCCACCACUAGUCGGGACUACCUCACCAUUGCUGCAUACAGCUGUGAUACUGGCUACAUCCUCACUGGUACUGCUGCUAGAACAUGUCAAGCUACUGGUGAAUGGUCAAGAGUGGCACCAUUUUGCUCACCUGUUGACUGUGGUCCCCCGACUAACCCCUCCAACGGAGCAGUGGACAAAUCCACUGGAACGACCUUUAUGAUGACUGCUACCUACACCUGUAACACUGGAUACAACAUUGUUGGCAGUGAGAGCAGAACUUGUGGAGUAAAUGGAACAAGUGGAGCAACUACACUAACUGAUGGAGUUUGGAGUCCAGCUGCACCAACUUGUGAAAUUGUCAACUGUGGUUCCCUGGACGCCCCCUCCAAUGGAACAGUGGACACAUCCUCUGGAACCACUUACCUCCGAAGAGCUAACUACACCUGUAACCCUGGAUACACUCUGACUGGUGGAGAAGGGACUAGAACAUGUCAAGCUAAUGGAAUGUGGAGCUCUAGUGACCCUGCCUGUGAAUUCAUUGUCCUGUCCAUUGGAGGCACUGUCUACACUAACAACACAGCUCUGUCCUUCUCCCUCAUUGGAGAGGGCUCCUCUGCCCUCACCUGUCACACUGAGCUAUCCACCUGCUGCAGGGAACAAGACAACCCUAAUGGAGGGGCUCUCGGAGGAUGGAGAGGACCAGAUGGAGGGGUCAGUGUACCUUCAGAAGCUGCUAUUGGAACUACAGCUGAGGGAUUCUACGUCACCAGAGGCAUCAGCACUAUCAGCCUGAAUCGCCGUUGCAGUGAAACGAAUGCAGGAGGUGUCUACUGCUGCACUAUUCCCAGAGCUGGUGGUAUCACUCAAACAUUCUGUGUGGACGUGCAAUCUCCUAUAUCCGAGCCACCACUCACUGAGCCAGCAAGUACAUACAUUACAGUUACACUGGGAGUGUUGCUAGCAGUUGCCGUGGCAGUCAUUAUUGUACUGAUAACUUUCGUUAUUAUUGGAAGAAAACAGCUAACACAAGCAAGGUGCAUAAAUCAACUCAAGCAAGCACCCAAUUGCAACCAGAAGGCCUCUUAUGAAAAUGUCACCGUAAACGUGGGUGUCUCCCCCACAGCUGUUGAGCUAAGUGAGUGUCCAGCGGCUGAACAACAUUAUCAACUCAAGCAAGCACCCAAUUGCAACCAGGAGGCCUUUUAUGAAGAUGUCACCGUAAACGUGGGUGUCUCCCCCACAGCUGUUGAGCUAAGUGAGUGUCCAGCGGCUGAACAACAUUAUCAACUCAAGCAAGCACCCAAUUGCAACCAGGAGGCCUUUUAUGAAGAUGUCACCGUAAACGUGGGUGUCUCCCCCACAGCUGUUGAGCUGAGUGAGUGUCCAGCGGCUGAACAACAUUAUGUUGCUACAAAUUAUCCAACUCCAGAUAUGUACGUGUCAGGGGGUGGACAGGAGAGAAAAGAAGAGAUUAUCUAUGACAAUGUUUAAUACAAACAUCAUUAAUUCAGUAUACUUAAUUUUAUACUACAAUUGUUUUUAUUACGCAAUCUUAAAGACUGCAUGUUCAUACAUGUAAUUAUAUAUAGCAACUCAGUAUAACUGUUAUUAUAGUCAUGCUUCGAUCUAUUAUUGUUUGUUGAGUUGUUUUUCCCACUUACA